AUGCUGAAGUCUGUCAGAAUGGCUACUCCUAUUUUGAUCUUUCUGCUCAUGAUUCACGGGGUUUCUAGUGGUUAUUGGGGUGUGAGUUACAGUCAUUCACACAUCUGUGCACUAAAGGACUCAUCAGUGAUAAUGAGCUGCACUUAUACAUACCCUACUGGACAUCAGAUCAUGAAAGUGUUCUGGACCAAAAACCCUGUAAAGGGUGAAGAGCCUCCAGAUCUGUCUGAGGAUCCUGAAUACAGUCAGAGGCUUCAGUAUCUGGGAGACAAACAGCAGAACUGCACCAUCAGACUGAGUCAUGUGAGACAGAAAGAUUCACACAAGUACUAUUUCAGAUUCACCACUAACAAACACGUCAAGAAAUCGAUUGGUGAACCAGAAGUGACUCUUACUGUCACAGAUCUUCAGGUGGAGGCUCCUGAGAGAGUGACAGAGGGUCAUAAUGUCAGUCUGACAUGUAAAAGCAGCUGCACUCUGACUGACAGAGCAACAUUCAUCUGGUACAGAAACUCACAGCCAUUAACUGAGAGAAGAGACGGAAACAAUCAACUCCUGCUGCAGUCAGUCAGAAGAGAGGAUGCAGGCAGAUACAGCUGUGCUCUACAUGGACACAGUUACAUCUCUCCUGCUGCUCAUCUCAGUGUCACGUAUGCACCAAAGAAUGUGUCAGUGUCCAUCAGUCCAUCUGGUGAAAUAAUGGAGGGAGAUUCAGUGACUCUGAUCUGCAGCAGUGAUUCAAACCCUCCUGCAGAAAUCAGCUGGUUUAAAGGAGGAAGGUUUGUAGGAUCUGGAAGAAUCUACAGCAUCUCAAACAUCAGCUCUGAUCACAGUGGAGAAUACAAGUGCAAGUCCAGAAAUAAACAUGGACUGAAAUACUCUGGUGCUGUGACUUUAAACGUCAUGUAUCCUCCCAGGAACGUCUUAGUGUCCAUAACUGGAUCUGCUGAAAUAGUGGAGGGAGAUUCAGUGACUCUGAGCUGCAGCAGUGAUUCAAACCCUCCUGCAGAAAACUUCAGCUGGUUUAAGGAGAAUCAAAGCUCAGCUGUUGGAUCUGGACAGAGUUUCAGUGCACUACAGAGUGGACGCUUCUACUGUGAGGCUCACAAUCAACAUGGAGAGAAAUACUCUGAUGCUGUGACUUUAAAUGUCAAGUACCCUCCAAAGAAUGUCUCAGUGUCCAUAACUGGAUCUGUAGAAAUAGUGGAGGGAGAUUCAGUGACUCUGAUCUGCAGCAGUGAUUCAAAGCCUCCUGCUCUGAACUUCAGCUGGUUUAAGGAGAAUCAAAGCUCAGCUGUUGUAUCUGGACAGAGUUUCAGUGCACUGCAGAGUGGACGCUUCUACUGUGAGGCUCACAAUCAACAUGGAUAUCAGAGAUCAGACGCUGUUACUGUCACUGUUAAAGGACGUCUGGUGAUAUUGUACAUAUCCAUUGGAGUGGUUUGUGGAGCUGCAGUUGUCGUAAUGAUGGUAAGCAGAUGGAUUAAAAACAGAAAUGGUGCACUGAAGUCUCAGAUGAAUCAAUCCAGACCUCAUGAUGGCCUACACAAAGCUUGCAAUGUUGAGAUGACUGAUCCUGUGUAUAAUAAUGUGACCGCUGCUCGACAUGACUCUAAUAUCUGUAAACCUGAACCGAACUCUUCUGUGUAUGAAAAUAUUCCAACUAAAAAGAAGAAGAGCAUGUAGUGUUUUGGACACACAGC